AUGGCCGAGACGGAGUCUGAGGAUCAGCCAAAGACGACAACAGUGUCGGUCCAACCGUUAGUUCGAUUGCGUGGAGCACAUCGGUCAGCUGCCUCCAAAUUGGUAUCUAGAAUCGAUGAUUUUGUGGAGAGGAUGUCCUAUGCUACGAGGAGCUCACCCGAGUGGCAAGGGGAAGAUCUCAGCGUAAAUGAUAGAGAGGAUUGUGCCUUGGACCUGAAGAAACUCCGGGAGAAAGUGGAUUUGCUGGGGCGCUUGGACUCCCAAAUUUUGGACGCCACCGAGGACGACGACAUUGAAUCUGAAAUUUGUGAUGCAGCGGAUUAUCUUAUGAAGUACGAGUCCCGCAUCGGCAGGGCUACGCGAGCCAUUUCAGACGCAAGUCAACUGUUGGAGAAUAUCGCCAGUGUACGGGCUUCCCAAUCCUCACAGCCAAAGUCAGAGUCACUGUCACCCGUUUCCGGAAAGGAUGAGUGCUGCACAACAAGCAAAGCCAAGGGCAAUCUGGACAGUCGGGAACCAGCUCCAGAUGAGACUGGUGAGGACUCGCCAGUUGUCGCCCCGUGUGUCUCGCGUUCCAGUGUAGUAUCUAGUACGAGUGCCAGUAGUGGAAGCAGCUUCCACCACCGGAUGAAGCUGCCCAAGCUCGAGAUUCCUAAGUUCAGCGGUGACAUCCGAGCUUGGUCCUCGUUUUGGGACAUGUUUGGGUCGGCCAUUGAUGGCAAUGACACCCUGGAUGACGUUGAUAAGUUCAACUACCUAAAGUCCUUGGUAGUGGGAGAGGCACGAGAGGCAAUUGCCGGAUUUGCCCUGACAGGAGCCAACUACAGGGCUGUAGUUGACGUCCUCAAGCAACGAUUCGGCAACGUCCAGGUCAUUGUCGCCAGCCACAUGGAGGGCCUCUUGAAUGUUGCUUCUGUCACCAGCGAGGAUGAUGUAACUGGCCUCAGGAAGCUAUACACCACCGUUGAGACACACAUUCGUAGUUUACAGUCCCUCGGGAUGAGUCGCGAGUCUUAUGGAUCCCUGUUGACGUCUGUUUUGAUGUCCCGAUUACCCGCAGAGUUCCGGCUCAUUGUCAGCCGCAAGAUUGUCGGGACUGAGCAGCAUUGGGAGAUCGGUGAGCUGCUAUCGGCUGUCCAUCUGGAGCUGUGUGCCAGGGAGCGAGCGGCACCGGCAGCUAAGCCAACCAUCCCGAUAGCCCAACCCAGAAAGUCCGCACCAGCCACAACGUCAACACUCUACACUGGUGCGCCUGAGCAACUGAAGUGCUUCUUUUGCAAUGAUAGUCACACUGCCGGGAGAUGCGUAACAGUGACGAAUGUUGCCACCCGUAGACAGAUCUUGAGGAAGCAAGGCAGGUGCUUCCGAUGCCUCAAACGCAAUCACAUGGCAAAGACCUGUCCGAAUGCAUACUCCUGUGUCAAGUGUGGUGGGAGCCACAACGUUGCCAUAUGUAGUGGCGAGAGGCAGCAGAAGGCAGAGAUGAACACGCAGGCUGUUGCUGCAAAUGCUUCCGUGGACCCUCGCAGACAGGAAUCUGUAUUGCUACAGACCGCCAAGGCCGUGGCUUAUAAUGUCACCCAGUCCGAUCGCAGUGCCGCUAUCCGACUGUUGAAGGACGGCGGCAGCCAACGGACGUAUGUUACGAGCGCUCUCCGUGACGCUUUGCAACUGCCGGUCCUGGAUCAACGUAAGGUCAUCAUCAAGGCGUUCGGCCAGGACAACACAACGUCCCAAGUAGUUGAUGUAGUUCAACAUGGAAUCCGAGUCCCCGACGGCGAGGACAUCACGGUACAAGCCUAUGCUGUGCCGCUAUUGUGUGACCCGAUUACUGGCCAAUCCAUGCACACGUCAGUGGAGCGCUGUAGUCACCUCGAUGGAUUGGCGCUAGCCGACACCAGAUAUGACACAGGUACUCGAUCAGUGGAUCUGCUAAUCGGCGCGGACCUCUACUGGACUAUUGCAACGGGUAACAUCAUCCGAGGUGCCGACGGACCUGUGGCCAUUGAGACAAAGCUAGGGUGGGUCCUAUCCGGUCCAGCCACCGUACUUCCCACGCCAGAAGAUACCAGUGCACUGGCAACGCACGUUUUCUCCGUCGAGGAAGAGGCAUCAGCAGCAGAUCGAGAGCUCACUGACUCCCUGCAAAGGUUCUGGGAAAUUGAAUCACUUGCAGACCAGGACAAGACGGAGUAUGAAGAACUCGUUGAGACAAUCGAUUUCAACAAUGGUCGGUAUGAGGUCAGACUACCAUGGAAGGACGAUCAUCCAUUGUUGCCGGACAAUUUCCAACUCUGCAAGUCCAGACUCGUCGGUCUCCACAAAAGGCUCCGCAAGGAUCCUGAGCUGCUCAAGUCCUACAAUGACACCAUCGAAGAGCAGCUGCGUACCGGCAUCAUUGAACCCGUGGAGACAGAAGACAGACAGGAAAUCAGCGCUAGUAGCAUGCCCGAGGAGUGCCGUGCAGAGAUGCGCCGAAGAGAAAUGGAAGUCGUCGACAACUCAGCCGCCUUACUGACAACGACACAUCCAUCGUCAGACAUCGGACUGGUCAUCGACUGUACCCGUUUCAGCAAUUACAACCGACUUCUGAGAGUGACAGCUACAGUGCUGAAGGCCGUACAGCGCUUCAAGUCUAAACGGCAAGAGAGUGAGAGCGAACUCACGGCUGGAGAUUUAGAUCUCGCCGAGAAGCUGUGGAUCAACCAUCUUCAACUUGCGCUCCCGUCUCAUCAGCACUACAAGUCUUGGCAGGCAGAAUUCGGUCUGUUUGUGGACAACGGUCUCAUCCGCUGCGGUGGCCGACUCCAGAACUCUGAUUUGCCUCUGACAACCAAGCACCCGUACCUUCUGCCGAAGGAUCACCACGUGACUGACCUGAUUGUUAAUGAGUGCCAUGCCCGAGUCAUGCAUGGUGGGGUCAAGGCCACACUAACGGAGUUUCGCGCACGUUUCUGGUUCGUGAAGGGACGUCAACGGAUACGUCAAAUUAUUCACAGCUGCAGAACUUGUCGUCGCCACUACUCGAAGCCAUACACAGGACCCAAAGCACCUCCGCUACCAAGAUUCCGGGUAGAGCAGACUACUCCAUUCAGCUACGUGGGAGUUGACUAUGCCGGACCACUACACAUCCGGAGCGCCAUUACUUGA